AUGUCCGCCGUUGUUCAAUCCCGUGACGCUUCCCAAGUCUUUGGUGUUGCUAGAAUUUUUGCUUCCUUCAACGAUACUUUCGUCCAUGUUACUGAUUUAUCUGGUAAGGAAACCAUCUGCAGAGUUACUGGUGGUAUGAAAGUUAAGGCUGAUAGAGAUGAAUCUUCUCCAUACGCUGCUAUGUUAGCUGCCCAAGAUGUUGCUGCCAAGUGUAAGGAAGUUGGUAUCACUGCCGUCCAUGUUAAAAUUAGAGCUACUGGUGGUACUAGAACCAAGACCCCAGGUCCAGGUGGUCAAGCUGCUUUAAGAGCUUUGGCUAGAUCCGGUUUGAGAAUUGGUAGAAUUGAAGAUGUUACUCCAGUUCCAUCUGACUCCACCAGAAAGAAGGGUGGUAGAAGAGGUAGAAGAUUAUGA